CUGACGUUUACUUUUUUCUCCAUCCUGCCGCGUUAUUCUGUCAGGCGCCAUCCGAAAUCAAAGAAGGUCAAUUCCAGGUUCAUUCUGAACCCUCCGCUCCAAUGACGCGUAGUGAUGGCUGCGGAAAUAGGAUUCCGUAUUGAAGAGCCGGGUCGGAAAUUCCUCCCGGAUCAUAUAUACCCACCUACCCAUACAGAAUUGGAAACAAAAACCAUUUCUUUCAAGAUUGGGGCAGUUUUAUAACAGAAGGUACAAUGAUACAUCACGUAGUUGCAGUGCUUCUUCUCCUCUGGCUGCUCAAUUCCUUCAAUUCCUGCCACCCUUUUGCUUAUUUUAUCUCCAUAGUGUAUAUCUUUUUGAUUCAUGAGAACUAUGUUACUAGAUUGAGGAGGAGACUGCAGUUUGAGGAAAAGAAGCAGUCUUAUCAAAGACGGGUUCUAUCUGAUUCAGAAAGUGUAAGAUGGUUGAAUCACGCUCUAGAGAAACUCUGGCCUGUUUGUAUGGAGAAUAUUGUCUCUCAGAAAUUUCUCCUCCCCAUCAUACCAUGGUUCACGCAAAAAUAUAAGCCCUGGACAGUGAAGAGUGUUGUUGUUCAGCACUUAUACUUGGGAAGAUGUCCACCUAUUUUCACAGAAAUGAGAGUUCUUCAGAAUUCUACAGGCGAUGAUCACUUGGCCUUGGAGUUGGGAAUGAACUUCUGCACUGAGGAUAUGAAUGCAGUUCUAGCUGCGAAAUUGAAGAAAAGAUUGGGUUUUGGGAUGUGGGCAAAAAUGCACUUGUUAGGCAUGCAUGUUGAGGGGAAGGUUUUGGUAGGUGUGAAGUUCCUACCCUACUGGCCAUUUAUUGACCGUUUGAGGGUUUGCUUUGCUGAGCCACCUUAUUUUCAGAUGACUGUGAAACCUAUUUUCACUCAUGGACUAGAUGUUACAGAAGUCCCAGGGAUUGCUGGUUGGCUGGACAAACUUUUGGCCCUUGCUUUUGAGCAGACUCUUGUUGAGCCAAACAUGCUAGUUGUUGAUGUAAAGAAAUUUGCCUCGCCACAACCAGGUUUUCUUGUGUGGGUAUAAAAGUCAGUAAGGCAUCUUAUGUUCCCCCUUUUUUGCAUCUUCAGACAAUUGGUUCUCCGUUGAUGCUAAGGAAACUGUUGCGCAUGUUGUUGUGCAAGUUUUUGAGGCAGCUGAUUUGAAGCCAUCUGAUCUUAACGGAUUGGCUGACCCAUACCUGAAGGGGAGACUUGGGCCUUACAGCUUCAGGACCAAGACUCAAAAGAAGACACUUACUCCAAAGUGGCAAGAGGAAUUCAAAAUCCCAGUUUUUUCUUGGGAGUCGCCAAAUGAUGAACUCAAGAUUAAAGUUUUUGAUGAAGACCGCUUUAUGGAUGAUCCAUUAGGAGAUUGCUGCAUAAAAGUUACCGACUUUAGAGAUGGGCAUCGGCAUGAUGUCUGGUUGCCUCUUCAGAAUAUCAAAAUGGGAAGGCUUCAUCUUGCAGUAACUGUGUUUGAGUAUGACAAUGACAAAAAGGAUGGAGAACAAAUGUGUGACGAAGCAAGUGCUGAUGACGAGAAGAAUAGAGAAUUGUUUGGGAAUGAUGGAGCUGAUGUUGGAGGCUUCUCACCUGAACAACCCGACAAAUCCCAUAAUGCUGGAGACAAGUAUGAGCCCAUUGAUGUCAAAGGGCAAGAAGAGACUGGGAUAUGGGUCCAUCACCCGGGGGUUGAAAUCGCGCAAGUCUGGGAGCCAAGGACGGGUAAAGGCAGGACCAUUGAUGGAGAGAAGUCUGAUUCACUGGGGGGGAGUUUCAAGUCAAGCACUUGGGACAGCGAUGAAAAUGAUAAUGGACAUUCAUCGAAUCGGUUCCGUAGGGGGUUGAGUAAAAUUAGUUCAGUUUUUCACAGGAGUCCCAGAUCUCAUCCUGAUAGAUCAAACAACAGUCUUGGUGAGCCUGCCACACCUCCACAUAUAAAUCUCAAGGCAGUAAAUGCAAAGAACAUUGGCGUAAUAUAUGUAAAAGAUGGUGCAAAUGCUGCUGCUCAAUCACC